AUGGAUGCUGCACACGAUCGAGAACCCAAGCGAUGCCGCAAUAGCAUUAAUGAGAAACCAGAUUCCAGAUAUGCCAAAAAGUAUUUGAUGGUUCUGGCACACAGUCUCGAAGUCGAGGAGUAUCAGAAAUUCCUCAAGAUUAUGUUGGAUUUCCGAGAUAAAAGGAACAAUCAGGUUGAGUGUGUCAAAAAGGUGAAAACGUUGCUUCAAGGGAAACCUGACUUGUUUCUGGGCUUCCAAGACUUCUUGCCAAAGAGUCUUGAUGCAAAAGAUCGUCGCACCUGUGAUAAAAUGCCAGACUGCUGGGAUGCCUUAAAUUUUAUUCGUAAAAUAAAGAAUCGCUUCUCUGAUAAUGAUCACAACUACAGUUGUUUUUUGGAGCUCCUGAACAUGUAUCAUACUCGUCGCAUGUCCAUCAAUGAAGUAUAUCAAGAGGUAAUGAUACUUUUUCAAGACCAUGAUGAUUUGGUUGAAGAGUUCAAUUAUUUCUUGUUCAAUUGUUCAAAAGGGGUAUCUUUUAGCCAUGAGUCAUCUCAAGGUCUUAUCGGGCAAACAAGUACAGAUGAUUCUGGAGGUAAAAAGAUGUUUCAAAUAAAAAGCUAUACUCAUUUGCAAGAUCUAGAACACAUUGAAAGAACGAAACAAAUUCAGAGAAGUGAUGAGAUCUCCAAAGGAUAUCCAUUCAGUAACACGUGCAUACAACAUGAAACAAAUUUGAACAGUUCAAUGUUGCACAGUGAUGAAGAAGCCCAUAUACCUAUCAUGGAAAAGGACACACUGAUGGACAUGGGUGGAAAAUUAUCUGGGAGUGUGAGUAUAAAAGGGAAGUACCUUGGUGUUGACCCUCUUUCCAAAGGUGCUGAUGUUUAUGUAGAUAAUACUAGCUUUGACGAAGAAAAAUGUCAACCCAUAAGAGAGAACUUCUCAAACUGUCAACGCUAUGAUACUAGUUAUUGUUUUCUGCCAAACAAUUAUCCAGUUCCUCGAGCAAGCUAUAUGACUGAGCUUGAUGCCUCUGUCUUGAAUGAUAGAUUGGUGUCUGUGCCCUCUAAAAGUGAGAAUUGCACUUCUAAGUUCAUGCACAGGAAUAAAUAUGAAAAAUGUUUAUUUAGAUGUGACGAUGAGAGGUUUGAGAUGGAUAUGAUUCUAUGUAGGAUGGCUUCAACUUCUCAGAAGGUAGAGGAUUUGCUAGAGAAGGUCCACCACAACAAAAAUGAACCGGGAACUCCAUUUCAGAUUAAAAACUAUCUUAAUGAUCAAGACUUCAGAUGUAUUGGACAAUUAUACGGUGACAAUGGGCCGGAAGUUGUUGGUUUUCUAUGUGCAAAUGCAAGCACUGUGCUUCCUGUGAUAUCAGCUCGUUUGAAGCAGAAACAAGAGGAAGCAUCAAGAAAGCAUGCAGAGUUUAAUAAAGUCUGGAGUGAAGCUUGUGCGAAGUGCUAUCCAAGAUCACUUGAUCACCGCAGUUUUCAAUUCAAACAGCAAGAUAGAAGAAAUUUGGCAUCAUCAGUUUUGUUAGAUGAAUAUAGACAAAUAAAUGAGAGAAUGGAGGACAAUUUGCUGCUAGAGAGUGUUACUGGGAAUGGGCACAGUAGUCCUACUAUGGUAUUUGAAUAUGCAGACAGAGAAAUCCAUGACGUACUUCACAAAAUUAUGGAAUUUUACUGUGGUAACUAUUACAACUCAAAAGAGGAAAUGGACAAUGUCAUGAGGAUAUGGACAACCUUUUUGGAGCCAAUAUUUGGAGUUUUAACAUGGCUCAAGGACACUGAAAGUUCCAAAGAAAAAAAAUAUAAUUCUAGAAGUAGUGUGUCAACCUCAGCACAUAUUGAUGUUUCUCUUGGUGCUAAAGGCUUCGUAACACAUCUCAACUAUUCUCAUACCUCAAAUGCAUCUAAUUUUCUCACUCCAAUUGGCAAAAAAAAUGUCCACAAUUUUGAGAAAUGGGCGUCUGUUAGGAACAAUAGCUGUAGUGAUGCAAUCCAUUUUCAUAAGAAUGCCCAUCCAUCCAUUGAAAUUCCUACUGACUAUGAAAGUGAGAGAGAAGAGGGGGAGAUAUCUCCUGAAAUCCAUCAUGGAGAAGGUAAUUUCUUGAAUUUUGAAGAUUCUGAGAUGGAGAAGAUUGUUGGAUUCAAAAAUAGCUCAGAGCUGAUCUAUCAGGCUGAGGCAAAAGAACGGUCUGGACAGGACAAUCUCAAUGCUAACAAUAACAAUGGAAGUGCAGAAAGAUAUCGAAGUAACAUCUCAAAGGUUUAUGAGCCAGCUGUAGAUGCAUCAGUUAGUGAAGAUGAUGGUGGCAACAAUGCUGAGGAAUCCUCUUAUGAACAUAGCGGGAAAAAGAAAUGUGCCAAUCAAGGUUUUAAAAGUGAUAGAAACUGGGUUGUAGAAAUGGCUGAUGCGGACAUGUACAAGGCAGAGGGAACAAGUAGAGGAUCAAGGAUCUUCUAUGGAAAUUCUUCCUUCUAUUUGCUUUUUAGGCUUCACCAGAUUUUGUAUGAUAGAAUACUGUCAUCGAAGAUAAAUGCUUCAUCAACUGAAACUCAAUUGAGAACUCUGAAGAAAGCAAAUCCUCCUACUCAUUACUCCAAAUUUAAGAAGGCACUUUACAGUUAUCUUAAUGGUUCCACAAACAAAUCAGAGUUUGAAGACGAUUGUUUUGCAUUUGUUGGACCUCAAUCGUAUUUGCUGUCCACAUUGGAUGUUUUGUUAUCUAAACUCGCGAAACAGCUACAAGAAGUCGCAUCCAAUAAGAAGGAAAACAAGUUCCUUCAGCUUUAUGCAUACGAAAACUCCAGAAGACAAUCCAGUGAGCUAAUUUAUCUCCGAAAUGCUUGCGCCAUUCAUCACGGGGACAUAUUCAGAUUUACAUGUUCUAUGAAUCCUACCAAGUUAACAAUACAGUUGGCGGAACACCCAUCUAAGGAAUCUGAAACAACUACAGUUUCUAAAGAAACUAAUUUUGAAACUUACGUUCAUAAUCACAUUCUUAAGAGCGAUCCUGAGAGAAAGGAAAUGAGAAAACAUUUCCUUAAUAGAAAUAUACCCAAAUCCAAAUCCAGUUGUAAAAAUCAGAUGGUCAACGGUCUUUCACUCAAGACGUUCAAUUCUUCUCCCAAGAUUUAUUAUGAGAUGGGAACAGAGGACUGCCACAUCAAGCGAAAGAAGAAGAAACCAUCCUCCUCCAAUGAUUCUUCAUCUUUCAAUCGUGCGACAUCGAGUUCUUCACGUGUAAAAACGUCUUAGGAGGUUUCUCUUAAAGCAUUUGAAUUAGUCCCCAGUCAUACGAUAGUUCAAGUUUCUUUGUCUUUGGCUGC